CCCAUUAUAUCCCCCAACAGAGACUACGGGUUAUACUUUAAUGUCUGAGUGUAUUCUGGUCUCAAACAAAUGUUAAGUCGUAAGAGUAAGAAACAGACACGUCAGGAGGAUCCAUUUAAGUGAUAUCUCGGCCGUGUCCUUUCGUAUUAAAAAGAGAGAAUUAAUUACAAAGUCGUACUGGAUUAAACUUGAGACUUUUUAAAUGGCCGAGACUCGGUGGACUCCCACAUGUCCUCAGGUUAACGAUGGUAUCGGACGAGUCAACCCUCCACAUCUACGUGCGGUGUUCUGCCUCUGAGAGAUAGCCAUGAGGUUGUUGUACCGCCGGGUGUUGGGGCUGCUGGUUAUGUGCGCCUGUGUGGAGAUAGCCCUAUAUCUUGGUAACAAGUUUGGCACGUGGAUUUUACAACAGGAAGUUAUUGUGACCACGUUCACCCCGACACCACAACCAACCACGACGCGACUAACUACCACUACAACUGAACCGGUGAGAGAAUUCGCCGACCGACCACCGUUUUACACCCGGAUACCUGAGGAAUCAAUCCUACGGUCUCAGGAGCCGAGCUUGAUAGAAGAUAUCUAUCACAGGUACGUGACGUCACUACAGGUCCUAUGUCCGGUCCGUGUGUUGGUGGGGUCUAUAGGGGUCGGAUGGCCCGCGUGCACUGUGAGGCCCCCGCGAGGAAAGGACUGUACUAUGUACUUCGUAGCUAAGGACGUUGCAGAGAAGCACGAAUUUGAAGCAGCCUUCAGGUGUUCCGUAAAAAUAAUCGAUUACAGAUCUUUUAUGACGAAGCUGGAGAAGAACAACAGUACUGGGUCUGUUAUGAUGGAGUUAUCAGCCACGGGACAAGUGUCUGUAAUGCUGACGACAGAAAGCAAACAGCUGGCGUUUUUCGCCAGUCUAGCCAGGAGGGGCGUACUGAGAAAAGUAUACCAGAUAUACGUUACCCUUGACGUCACAAAUGGGAACACAACGUCCCAACAUUAUAUGACAUAUCUACAACACCUGAGGGAUAUCCAUUCCGCUGGAUUCAAGAUUUAUCACUUCAAGAGGAUCCACCAACUAACGUACGCGACCAAUAGUUGGCGAACCGGUGGAUACGUCUUAUAUUUUAUCCGGGACACGGCGGCCAUGUUACCAGCCCCGGUGUUACCUCCCAUCACCAUUCUCAGGAACAUCACGGCUGUCCAGGGCGCCGCCUUGUACCACGAUUACAUGCUACAGUCGCAGUUCCUAUGCCAUAACUUGGUCCGCGUCGGCCAGAUCGGUGACGGUGGCUGGGAGGUCUGUAAUGACACAGAUGUACGGCCAGCAUCAGACUGUUCCGUCUACUCCUUCGGGAUGAAUGGAAACUGGGCGUUUGAAAUAGACAUGAUCAGAAAGUUUGGCUGCACUGUUCAUUCAUUUGACCAAAACGUGAAUCUGCCAUCAUACAAGAAUACGAGUCUAAUAAAACGCCAUUUAACUGGGCUAUGGCAUGCAGAAACAUUCCUCUACAAGAAUGGCGGCAAAAAGUUCCGAAUGGAAACAUUGAAGUUACUGCGCACCAGGCAGGGACACGACAAGGUGCCAGUUGACAUUGUUAAGAUCGACGUUGGAGCAGCGGAAUGGCACAUCCUUCCCAACAUCAUUGAUACUGGGUCCCUUCUGGGAGUCAGGCAGCUUCUGAUUGAGGUUCAUGUGGCCAUACAAGGGGCUGACAUCCACUUCCGGGAGAAGCUGGUGAUCCUUCGGGAGUUGUAUGACAUGGGUUUCCGCUUAUUUUGGUCUCACCCUAGCGACAACCCUGGCAACACUUUCAGGUGUUCGGUCAAUAAGAAACAUACAACAUGUUGUUAUGAGUUGCAUUUUAUAAAUAAAAAAUAUUCGCCCGCCGGCUGGCAAACUGUGAAGGAAUACGUGUCCGACGAUCUCGCUUCUGACAGUGAGGACGAGAAACGUAUUAGACAGGCGGAACAGAGGGCAUUGAGGAGUAUAAAACUUAAACAUGGUUCUAGUAAACGUAGUUCUUCGGCUGUUUUUAACAACAGUGGUAAUACAGCUACACGUUACGCCUCUCCCCCCGCAGCCGCGGGGUCUGCGCCUUUUCGUGGAGGACCCUAUAACUCCGGAGUCACUGCCCCGCGCAGCACCGCCCCUUCGGACCAGUGUUUCUCAUGUGGGGGAUUCGGUCAUUGGAGGAGGGACUGUGGGAAAUUCAGACAGGGAGGAUCUCGACAGCCACAGCAGCAGACAAACGGACCGAAGUGA